CCAGUCAACAGUGCAGGCCCCACCCUUUGUGUUACCUACCGCCCGUCAAUCAAAAUACAAAAAAAUCUGACAUUUAUUACUUAUUGUACAAUCAAUAUAAUUUGCUGAUCAUGUCCGUUGGCUUGUGACUAUCAGGACUGUCCGUUUCAUGACAAGUCACGCAAUGACUGCACCAGAACAGCCCAUGAAACCAGCGGAUAUGGACGUGGACAGCAGUCAAAACGACUUUCUUCAACAGAAUGAAGGCAGGAGCAAUCAGACAACAGAUUCAUCAUCUUCACAGCUCACUGGUACUGAUAAAUGGGAGGUUUUAACCCCCACAUCAGGAGCCAAGGAUGAAUCUGGAAUGAUACAGAUCCAGAGUCAAGGGAUAUUAACAUCAAAUGGACAGUUUGUUCUUCCUCUUCAAAAUUUACAGACUCAGCCAAUCUUUGUGACGUCGGGAACGGACACGUCCUCAGCCAAUUCAGUGCCUAACAUUCAGUACCAAGUAAUUCCUCAGAUUCAGACCACAGAUGGACAGCUGAGCUUCUCCACUUCUGGUGUGGAAGGAGCAACUCUGAGUCAGGAUGCCACAGGGCAGAUUCAGAUCUUGCCAGAUGGAAGUCAGAGUCUCAGCAUGGCAUCAACUGCAAACAUCCUUAAUAACAACCAGAACCUCAUAUCACAGACUGGUAAUGUCCAGCAGAUCCAGGGGGUUUCCAUUGGCAGCUCCACCUUCAACAACCACGGUCAGGUUGUUACUAAUGUGCCUGUGGGAUUGCCUGGGAACAUCACUUUUGUUCCUAUUAAUAGUGUGGACUUAGACUCACUUGGCCUGUCUGGUGCUCAGACUAUUGCGACCGGGGUCACUGCUGAUGGUCAGUUAAUAAUGGCAAGUCAGCCUGUGGACACUUCAGAGACUCUGGCGAAGGCAGAUGAUCACCUCUCACAGACACUACCAGUAAGUGACUCGAAUGCAAAUGCUGAGAUAUUUGUGCCAACGUCUUCCACUCAGCUACAUGAUCCAGCGAACGAAUCAGGUCUGUUGACACAAGACACAGCCUUGUCAUCAGUGGGUACAGAGCAAGCCGACUCAAGUUCUGGUCUCCAGGAAGGUUUCAUCCAGCAGAAUCAGGAGCAGAGUGUCCAAGUGUCCUCCGCUCAGCCAAUCAUCCAGCUGCAGCAGGUGCCUGUUCAGACCAGCAACGGUCAAGUGGUCCAGUCGGUGGCGACAGGCGGACAGGGCCUGCAAAACGUUCAACUGAUCAAUCCUGGGACCUUCAUCAUCCAGGCUCAGACAGUAACACCAUCAGGCCAGAUACAGUGGCAGACGUUCCAGGUGCAGGGUGUGCAGAACCUGCAGAACCUUCAGCUGCCUACCACCCCACCCCAGCAGAUCACCUUGGCUCCGGUUCAGACCCUGUCACUGGGGUCCAAUCCAGUCAGCAUCAGCACAGGGCAGAUCCCCAACCUGCAGACAGUGACCAUCAACUCAAUGAGCCAACAGGAUGGGGACAUGGAAACCCCUGGAGAUAUUCGAAUAAAGGAAGAACCAGACUCUGGAGACUGGCAGCUGAGCACCGACUCCACCUUAAACCCAAGUGAUCUAUCACAUCUUCGUGUCAGACUGGUGGAUGAGGAUGAUCAGUUUGGCCAAGAAGGCAAAAGGUUGCGCAGAGUUGCAUGUACUUGCCCCAACUGUAAAGAGUCAGGUGGGAGAGGAUCCAGCAUGGGGAAAAAGAAGCAGCACAUCUGCCACAUUGCAGGCUGUGGGAAAGUCUAUGGAAAAACAUCGCACCUGCGAGCACACCUGCGUUGGCAUUCAGGGGAGCGACCUUUUGUUUGCAGCUGGAUGUUCUGUGGAAAGAGGUUCACACGCAGUGACGAGCUGCAGAGACACAGGAGAACACACACAGGAGAGAAGAAGUUUGUCUGCCCAGAAUGUUCCAAGCGCUUCAUGCGGAGCGACCACCUGGCGAAGCACAUUAAAACUCAUCAGAACAAAAAAGGCGUGAACUCUGGCAGCGCUGUGGUGGCCUCGAUGGAAUCCGCAGGGUCCUCAGAUAGUAUCAUCACCACAGCAGGCGGGACCACCCUCAUCCUCACCAACAUCCAGCAGGGCUCCAGCAACGCCCAGGACAUCCUGGCCAACGCAGAGAUCCCUCUUCAGCUCGUCACCACGGUAGCGGCCGCCGAAGUCAUGGAGUGAUUUACACUCCACUUAUGAACUUCUACAACCUCUCUCAUACUGUAUACUCCUACCUGCAUUUCUAUUCAAGAUUUGAAGAAAAACUAAAAUUAUAAAUAUAUAUAUAUAUAUUUUAACACAGAAGUAGUAAGUCAAUGUUCAUACUCAGUUUUUACUGAGUGACAACUAGCAGCGAAGACUUAAAAGAAGAUUGAGGUGGGAAAAGAUGUUGCAGUAAAGACACAAGGAAAUGCCUUAUUUUGUAUAAUACUGUGUAGUUGGAAAUGUAGGAUGCCAUUUUGUUUUGUAUCUACCUAUUGAUGUGUUUUUCACAAAAAAAUUAUUCAUACAUUGAGCAACUUUCUUUUUGCCUUUUGUUGAUGGUAUAUUUUAAUGAUGGUCUUGGUUAGCAAAGUUUGUUCCAUAUUCCUUUGAACAAGAAUUUGACAGCAGAGCUAAUUUUAUCCAGCUGAAGUAAUGUUAUUGCUUACGUCCAUGCAAUUCUAUUCAUUUAUUUGUUAUAUUAUGCAUUUUUUUUUCUUCUGUGCACUCACCGUGCUUGCAAUUUAGCAAGUCCUCCCAUUUUAAAAAAUGCUCACACCUACUAUAUUUUGCUGGUGAAAAUGAAAAACAAUCAAAAUUUUGUAUUGUAUGUUCUCUUUAACAUGUACUGUUGAUAAUGAUACGCAUUAUUUGCUUAUUCAAUUUUUUGACUUAAUAGCUAUUUAUAGUAGGCUUUACACAAAACACGGAUUUGUGAUAUGAAAGGUCCAAGAUAUUUCAAACGACUAUUUCAUCAGACUGUAUGUAACUCAAAUGUGUUUUUGUAAAACCUUUUUCGAGGACUUCAAAUUAAAAAAAAAAAAAAACAUUUUAAUAUUAAGAAAAAAGCCAUUCUUUGGAGAUGUUUGCCAAAUUUGACUACAAACUCAGGGUGACUUGUGACUACGUGAUAGUAGUGGAGUUAGCCACCCCUGGAGCUUCUUGGGCCACAGUGGGAGUGGGGUGUCGAGGAGAAACGUUAUUUGAUGGACCAAAAGCUGAGGUGAAUUAAGCCGUCACCAUGUUACCUGUGCUCAUCAAAUCUGACCAUGUCAACCUUUUUUCUUUUUUCCUUUUUUUUUUUUAUUUUUUAUGACAGCCCCUAUAUUCAUCUUAUGGAAGCAGUUUCAGAAUGUUCACUGUCUGUCCAUCAGUUUGAUCAGGUGGUUCACAAGUGUCAUGUGUCACUGAAUGCGGUACUCAACAUUGUAUUCAUCAUUUUAUUGUUAAUCCUUUUGUGUAAGAUAUGUUUUGUAUAGUUCCCGAGAAACUGUUCUUUAUACCCAUUGUCAGAAAAUGUCCAAUGUUUUGUCUUUGUGUUCUUUUCUGUAACUGUAUGUUACAUCUCCCUGUUAAUUACCUGUUUUUUAUUUGUGUAUUUUAUUUGAUAUUUGACUCCAAACUGUUCAACUGUAUACACAUCCACACUGAACGGUGAAUUUAAUGGUGGAAUAUCUGCAUCUUUAUUUGUCCAUUAUAAUUACGUAAUGUGAUUUUUUUUUUUUUUUUUCUCCUCACAUGGACUUGUGAUUCUAAUCAGAUUAUGCUUCACCCUCUGAUAGCAACAUGCAGUUGACACGCUCGCUGCAAAUCCAUAUGUACUAAACACUGAAGGUUUUUUCUCAUUCAAAUCUUUUGUAUAAAUAUGUCAAUCUAACAUCAAUAUAAACCCUUCUGUUACACAUGAA